AUGGUGCGCACCUACAACUUCCUCGCCCCCUCCCUCCACAACAACACCCUCCUCGACGUCUCCUUCAACGAGCCCAGCAUCAACAUCGCAGGCGUCUCCUCCCCAGGAGACCCCGUCGUCCGUCGCUUCCCCGUCAAGUAUGGCGACCACAAACCGCUCACAGGAGUCAAGAGGAUGGUCGAUGUCGGCGACAACAGAAUUGUCGUGGCAGACGAUACCUUCCAGGUGUCUACCAUUCAGCUGUCUCCUGCAGAUGCCGAAGAGCCAGAGCACCCCACGAUCCUCUUCCAAGAGACAGUGAAAGCUAGAUCAAAGGAUAUAUGGGCUGGUCUUGUUCCCGUUGAAAACGGCACGGUAUCUGCUCUCAAGUCUGGUCACCUCACAUUCCACCCCUUCGCCUCCGAAUCGCCCUCUUCCUCCCGCUCUGUUCCAUCGCCUCUCGCAUGCCUCGCUUCCACGCCCCUCGCUCCCACCCAAUUCGCCCUCGGCGGAAAAGAAGUCGACGUCUCCAUCUACGAUGUCGAACGCACCUUUGCCUCAUCGUCCGACACCGACAUGUCUGACCCCAAGCGCAAGAAUAAUGCCCUCCUCCCGGGACAAACAUGGCAAGCCAAAAACAUGCCCAACAACUACCUCAAACUCCGGCCGCCGGUGUACCACCUCGCCCUCAGCUGGCUGGAUUCGCCCGAUGCGUUGGUGAGCGGGACAAAGAUGGGUACAAUCAGGCGGUUCGAUACGAGGCAGCGCAAACCGGUGGACGACUGGAAAGUGUCUAGGGAGGGCGGUAUUGCUUCUCUCACUACAGGUCUGGAACACGAGGUCUUUUUCGCAGACCGAUCAAAUUACCUAGGCGCCCUCGACUUGCGUACAGGUAAAGUCCUCUACAGCUACUCGUCCCUCACUGCUACACCGCACCACAUGCUGCCCAUCCCCACAUUCGACCCUUCGUCUUUCUUGCCUUCAGCGACAAGACGUAUAGGUUUUGCGUCCAUAUCUUCCGACGCGUCCAUCCGUAUCCAUAGCGCGACUACCCCUCCUUCUGGGGCUGAGAAGGGCAACUGGGGGCCGGAAGGGAAGAAGGGUGAUAUUGUCGGGAUGGUUGGUGGUGUUGGUAUCGGCGAGGCCGUGUGGAGAGGAUAUGGCGAGAGAAAGAUCGUUGUCAAGGUCAACGAUGGCGAAGAAGGUGAGGAAGGGGAGAGUGAAGAUGAGGAGGAGGUCUGGGAAGGGAUGGAUGUGUAUGAGGAUGAGGGAGAGGGGUCAGAUGUGGUUUCUGAUGAGGAAAGUGAGAGUGAGAGUGAAGAGGAGGCGCCCAAGAAGAAGAAGCGUUCAAAGGCGUAG